UAACCAGUUCUACUUUACCUUUCUUCUCACAAAACCCUAUCUUUCCUUCUUCAACAGCUACCUUCCCCAAUUCUUCAGCUUUCACAUCUCAAAUCAUACAAUACUAUCCCAAGAAUGAGGUCGAACCACGCCGCCAUGUUUCUAGCUAGAAUUUUGUCUAAUUCUUCAUCUAAAUUCUCCACUUUUACCAUUGCUUCUCCACAUUAUCAAUCAUUUCUUCUACCCAGUUUUCAUUUUGAUAAUGCCAGCUGCCAAAUGAGACACUUCUCCGCCUAUCCCAGAUUUGAUUUUGAAUCUAUACGUAAGCCUGAUGAUGCCGUCGCUCUGUUUCGGGAUAUGAUGAGAACGGAGCCGCGCCCUUAUGUUACUCUUUUCACGAAAUUGUUGAGUAUUGUGGUAAAGAUGAAACAAUACUCUCUUGCCCUUCAUUUGUUCGAUGAAAUGCUUCAAAGAAAUGCUCCUGUAAAUCACUACACGUUGAGCAUUGCGAUUGAUUGCUACUGCCGACAGAAAAGGCCUGAUUUUGGGUUUGCGAUCUUAGGCAGUUUUUUCAAGCGUGGGUACGAGCCUGAUGUUGUAACCUUCAACACUCUCGUGAAAGGCCUUCUGUUUGUUGAAAGGAUCCCAGAGGCAGCUAAAUUGUUGGGGAAGCUGUCGGCCUAUCAACUGUGCGAGCCCAAUGAGUAUACGUAUAGUACUAUAAUUAAUGGGUUAUGUAAAGCUGGAGAUCUUCUACAGGCGACUGAUUUGCUCUGCUCAUUGGAAAAAGGAAAAGGGAGCUGCAAACCCAAUGUCUAUGCUUACAACAUAGUCAUUGAUGGUCUAUGCAAGGAAGGAAAGGUGGACGAAGCUCUCCAACUCUUCUCCACUUUGAGUGAUAAGGGGAUUUCGCCAAAUGUCGUGAUAUAUAGUUCAAUAAUUGGGGGCCUAUGCAAGAUGAGAAGAGUGGACGAGGCUCAAGACAUUUUAACGAAGAUGAUAGCUAAUAAGGUCUGCCCAAAUGUGUGGACGUAUAAUAUCUUUGUGGAUGCUUGGUGCAAAGAUGGAAAAGUGGAAGAGGCCGAGCAUAUAUUGGUAAAAAUGAAGGAGAUUGAUGUUCAACCCAACAUUGUCACUUAUACUGCAUUGAUCAAUGGGUAUUGUUUACAAGGAAAAAUGGAGGAAGCCGGACGCAUUUUCCAAUUGGCAGUGAAUUCUGGAAUCAAGCCCGAUAUCAUAAGCUACACUAGCUUGAUCAAUGGGUAUUGUUUACAAGGAAAAAUGGAGGAAGCUGGACGCAUUUUCAAAUUGGCAGUGAAUUCUGGAAUCAAGCCCGAUAUCAUAAGCUACACUAGCUUGAUGAACGGGUAUUGCAAAAUCGGGCGAGUCGAUGAAGUUUCACGUCUUUUUACCGAAAUUCGCACUGAAGGGUUAGAGCACAAUGUUGUUUGUUAUGGAACAAUGCUAGAGGCGCUAUUUCGUGAAGGCAGAUGCGAGGAUGGCUUGAAUUUGUUCAAAGAGAUGGAAUCUCUAGGAUUGUCUCCUGAUGUGAAGACUUACACUAUCUUGUUAGAUGGUCUGUGUAAUGCUCAUCGUAUCAUUGAAGCAUUUUCUAUGUUGCAUAUCAUGGAAGAUAAAGGAGUCGUUCCAAACAUAGUAACAUACAAUGUUCUCAUUGAGGGAUUGUGCAUUACUAAUAAAGUCAGAGAAGCAAAAGAUCUGUUCGACGAGCUUCCAUCCAAAGGCAUCAUUCCUGACAUUGUGACUUAUACUGUCCUUAUUGAGGGAUUAUGCCACGAUAAUAAAGUCACACAAGCAAAGGAUCUAUUCGAUGAGCUUCCAUCCAAAGGUAUGCAGCAUAACGCCGUAACAUACACAAUCCUUAUCGGUGCUCUUUGUGAAGAAGGACAGAUUGAGGAGGCUAAGGAUUUGAUGAUGCAAAUGGUAAACAACGGUUGCUUGCCUGAUAAUGUGACGUACAAUGUUUUUGUUCAAGGUCUUCUAAAAAGAAACAAGAAGCAUGAUGCAAUGCCACUGUUGGAAGAGAUGGAGUCAAGGGGAUUCACACUUGACAAAACUACAUAUUCGAUGCUGAUUGAACAUGUGAAAAGAGAAGGUAGAGAUGGUGUUCUAUUUGAUCACGUUAAGAAACUUAAGCCAAAUGACAUCUUUUCUAGUUAGCUGUUACGUUGUGUUAAUUUGUUUUGAUGAUUUUUAAUGCUUCAAUUGUGUGGUUGUGAUGUUUGUUCAAAAUCUGCAAAGGGAAGGUAGAGAUAGUGUUUUAUUUAAUCUAUUUAGUAGUUGAUUAUCAUCUGCUGUUAGUUUAUGGAAAUUCUGAUGAACAAGUAGAGCUUUUCAAGAAGAAGUAGAAACUUGUAAUUGGAAUGUGAAAACUAAUAGCAAAAUCAAUUGAUUGGUGUAGAU